AUGCUAAGCACAUUAUUCAAUACCAUUCGACAACAAAUUAUUGGGCACUUUAAUGGUGGCACAUACUCUCAACGGUCUGGAUUGGUUUCUCUCGGUUGCAACCAUCAAGCCUUUAAAAUUCAUGAUACUUCUCCUUGCUGGACAUCUUCCUCGUUUUCAUCAACAAGUUGUACAACCAUUAUGGACACUACCAGUUCUCCAUCGUAUUCCUCAAACAAUAUCUUUGUCAUUUGUGUGGAUGGGAACAUUGGUGUAGGCAAAUCUCGAUUGUGUAACCUUAUCCAGCAAUUCAUUAAGAGAGAAUUCAAUGACAUUCCACUGUGUCAUGUUGUAGAGAAUGUCGAAAAGAAUAUUGAUUUGUUCAAGCUCUAUCUCUCGAAUCAGUGUGAGCAUGGUUUGGAUUUUCAAAAAUGGAUCAUUUCGGAUAAGGUCGAGCAAUUUGUAGAACAGUAUGGCCAAACGAACUCGAAACGAAUGAUUGUGUUAAUGGAUCGAUCAUUGUUGGCUGACAGACAUGUGUUUGUACGGAAUUUGGUUGAGAAGAAUCUCUUGACUCCAGAGCAACAUGGCCUAUAUAUCGAAUAUUUUGAACAGUUGUUGAGAAAGCAUCCCAGAAAUUUGUUUUAUCCUGAUUUUCAUAUUGUGAUCGAUGCUUGUAUUGACACUGCUAUGGAAAGGAUUAGCAGGAGAAAUCGAGUCGGAGAAAGCUCAGUCUACACGAAAGAUUAUUUGGAGUUGAUUGAAAGAUUCCACAAAGAUAUGUACCAGUCACUGUUAUCGGAAUAUGCUGGAAUUGACAGAGGUAUAAACAACAGCAAGUUGUUCAGGUUUGACAAUAAUACGAAUCACAACAUUACGUCCAUUGAUCAGAUUCCAAAUCUAUUUGUUCAUAGCAUUUCCACAGAAUGCUAG